AUGCCCACGAAGAAGAAGCCUGACGGCCGCAAGCGCGACAGCAAGCGCGAUAACAAUCGCGAUAACAAUCGCGAUAGCAAUCGCGACAAUGAUGCCGACCUCGCUGAGCUCGAAAGUCUCCGGAAGCAAGUCGCAGAACAGCACAGGGCGCUGAAAGCUGAAGAGGCUCGCAAGGAGGAAGAGAGCCAGAGCAGGCGCCAGGUCACCAGCCGGCGCCAACGGACACUGGUUCGCUGGGAUGUGGAUACCGACAUUCGGCUUCUGCUGGCCAUCCAGUAUGCCUGCAAUAAACUCGGCGUCAAGAUUCCCUGGAAGGAUGUCGCGGAAGCGAUGGGAGAAAAGUUCACCGAGGGUGCCAUCGUUCAGCAUUUGUCCAAGCUGCGUGCCAAACGGGAUGAGCAGGACAAGCCAAACCCACCUCCACUGAAGCGUGCAGGAAAUGGCUAUCACAAGAGCGACACAAGCAACAAGAAAGAUGCGUUGCCUUCUCCAAAGGAGGAGUCUGGCCCGAACACCCGCAGCACUAAGAAGCGGCGCCGUGAUCCAUCCGACGAUGAGUCCGAAGACAGCGUGUACACUCUGAAGAAGAAGCAGUUUACCAAAAACAAGAAGAAGGACAAGGUCUUCGUUGCUCCCAAGCUGCGUACAAAGCGCGAGGAUACCGACAGCAAUGACUCCCAGAAGCUGGUGUGUGUUGGAGCGGAAUGGCUGCGUGACUUCACUGGUGGCGACGAGCGUGGAGUUGACCGUGAAGUUGACGGACAAUCAGAGAGUUCUGAGGCGGACUCAACUGAAAGCAGCCAGGCAACUACUCAAGCGGCUAAGAAGUCAAAGAUGGUGACACUCAAGGUGGGCAGCGAGGGAUUGGCAAGUGUUGACCGCUCCCUUGAGAACUCUGCAACUUUCCGAGACUCUGUUACCCCAACCAACCCACCGCGUGUUAUCACCAACAUGCCACCUCGUCAUUCAUCAUAUUUCCCUUACAUGCGUUCGGAUUCUAUGGCGCCUUUCUCACCUCUGCCGCCUCCUCCAUUCUCAACCCGCUCUGUUUCCAUCCCGUUCCCAUCCAAUGGGCCCAGCCCAUUCGAUAUUGCCAACCGGACUCCCGACGCUUUGCUCGGUACAACCUCUAGCGAUGGACUAAACCCUGCAUAUUCGCCGUUUGAUAUUCCUGCCGAAUUGCAACUUCCGGACCAUUAUGGUUACCCUGAAACCAGCAGCUUUGACAACCAGUUUAUUCCCGACAAUGAAAUGUUUGUGGGCCUCUCUGACGUAGAGCCUCCACGAUAUUUGGGCUACGACGGUGAAGACGUCAAGGAAUUUUAA